CCUUGGCCCGGCGCCCAGGGCCUGAACAUGGCUGCUCCGAGCUCGGCCGGCAGCUCCCUGUACGAUGCCAUCGUCGUGGGCGCAGGGAUCCAGGGCUCCUUCACCGCCUACCACCUUGCCAAGCAGGGCAGGAGGGCCUUGCUGCUGGAGCAGUUCCCCCUCCCUCAUUCCCGGGGCAGCUCCCACGGGCAGAGCCGCAUCAUCCGCAGCACCUACCCGCAGCCGCACUACGCCCGCAUGAUGCCCGAGUGCUACCGGCUCUGGGCGCAGCUGGAAGCAGAGGCGGGCACCCAGCUCUACAGGCGGACGGGGCUGCUGGUGCUGGGGGCGGAGGGCAGCCCAGCCUUCGGGGCCUGCCUGCAGAGCCUGGCCCAGCACCGCGUGCCCGGAGAGCUGCUGUCGGCGCAGGAGCUUCCCCGGUGCUUCCCCGGCGUGCGGGCGUACCGCGGGGAGACGGCCGUGUUCGAGCCCACCGCAGGCGUGCUCCGCGCGGACAAGGCACUGCGGGCUGUGCAGGACCUGUUCCUCCAGGCCGGCGGGGCCCUGCGGGAUGGCGAGAAGGUGGUUGCCAUCGAGCCAGGGCCCGUGGUGACCGUGAGAACCAGCGCAGGGGUGCACCGGGCCGGGAGCCUGGUGAUCACUGCCGGGCCAUGGACCAACAAGCUUCUGGCCCUGCUGGGGCUGCAGCUGCCCCUCCAGCCCCUGCGUGUCAGCGUGUGCUACUGGAAGGAGAAGGUGCCCGGGACCUACGGGAGCCCCGCGGGCUUCCCCUGCUUCCUGAGCCUCAGCACCAGCCAGACGCCCCACGACAUCUAUGGGCUGCCGGCCAGCGAGUACCCGGGGAUGGUGAAGGUCUGCUACCACCACGGCCGCCCCGUGGACCCCGACGAGCGGGACCGGGAGCCCGAGGGCUCGGCCCCGCCCGACAUCCAGAUCCUGCGCAGCUUCGUCGGCCAGUACCUGCCCGGCUUGGAGCCCGAGCCGGCGGUGGUGGAGAGCUGCAUGUACACGAUCACCCCGGAUGAGGACUUUGUGCUGGACCGGCACCCCCAGUUCAGCAACAUCGUGAUCGGAGCUGGCUUCUCAGGCCACGGGUUCAAGCUGGCGCCGGUCGUCGGGAAGGUCCUGUGCGAGCUGAGCCUGGGGCAGGCGCCGUCCUGCGACACGGAGCCGUUCCGGAUCCAGCGCUUCCCCGGCCAGCGCCGGGCGGCCCUGUAGGGCUUCACGGACCGCCAGGAGCCACUGCCCAGCCCAGGGACCCGCAGAGGAGGCCCCGAGACACCUGGUGCCCCCACGGGAAGCUGGAGGACGACGCUGCCCUGGAGCCCUGCCUGCCCACGUGAAACUGCCCCUGCCUGCCUAUCUCUGCCUGCAUCCGGGGCCGGCCGGAGCAGCCGCCUGGAGCACAGGACACAUCCAGCACGGCGGGCUGGGCUCCAGAUGGGCCGUGGGCCCAGCUCGCUCCACCAGCGCCAGGCCCAGAGCAAAGGUGCCAAGAGCAACAAACCCCGUCCAGGCCCCGGGGCUGCUCCAGGCCCUGGCAGGGACCUGGAGCCUCAGCCCGCGGGGCUGGGAGCUCCCCGAGGCGGGUGGGUGGGUGUGUGAGGGGGUGGGGGGCACUGGAAAGGGCUCCGGCACAGGGUCAUGCAAUGCUCAGGCCUGGUCUAGGACCGGGACCUCGGGCAGCUCCCUGCUCGUCCAGCCCCGGGGCUCCCAGCCGACUCCGGCGCCCGUGUCCUAGGCAGGUGGGCAGCAGGACAACCAGGGGCUGUGGCCGGGACGGGCGCAGCGCUGAGCCCCCUGCUUCACCUGGGUAGAUACCGAGUGCUCGGUGCUGGGCAUGGAGCUGGGGGGAUGCACCAGGUACCCCAGGGCUGGCGCUGGCUCCAGGCUCUGCAGGGAGCCCGAGCCCUGUCCCCUGCCAGCACCCGGAGCUGGCGCCUCCCCGGCACUGCCGUCUGCCGUGGCGGGGUGCGUCCACGCCAGACCCUCAAUAAAGUGCGUGGCCAGACUCACGAGGACGGAGCCGUCCUGGCAGGGAGAGAUGCUGCGUCGAAGCAAGUGAAAUGUUUUAAUGUUAAA